GGGAAGAAUGAUAAGAAGAAAAAGCAACUCCUCCCGUGGCAGAAAAAGGAGAAAGACGAGCCGGAGGAGAGGCCGGGAGACGAGAAAACUGUCACCCGUGCGGUGUUCUGUCGGUUCUUACUGUCAACCCGGAUCGUCUUGGAUGUCGAUGACUGGCCGAACUUCCCUUCAAAACGGUCGGUCAAAGUCCUACCGAAGGGGUACGUUUUGGAUGUGGACCGAGAGCUGGAAAAACGCGCAUUGGUGGUCGAAGCAUCAAAACUCCAGUCCCCCGCGGGAAAUCGGAAAUCUCCGCGGUCGCAAUCCCCGCAACAACUGGAGAAGAAGCGGAUAGAGCAGCAAAUGUUGAACUCGAUCAUGUACUUGCAAAGCACCGAGCUAGUCCCCGGCUUUCUGCAGAAAGACCCAAUCCACUCAAGUAGCGGCGGAGGUCCUGGGCAGAACAAUAACCCAAAUCAACAGCAACUCUACCGAGUGAACUUACCGCCGGCGGAUAAGAUCCACCACGACAAACUUGGGCAAGACCGGUUUUUUGAAACUUCUAUUCCGGAGCUGAUCUGCCAAAAGGGGUUGAAGUAUUUGGACUUGGUCCUGCGGUUCGACUAUGCAAUGCAAAAGUUAUCGUACUAGUAUGAACCAGCCAUGCUCCGGCUGCCGCCGGAGCGCAAGGCUGUUGGGCCGGGGCAAGACUGUUUGCCGAUAGGACCACAACCCCGCGGGCCUAUGCACAACGAAACACAUUGCGCCGCGCCAACCCGCAGGACCACUUGCGCGCUUCCCGCGCCUGUGGGCGCUCUGCGCAGGGAGCAGCUGCAAAGACCACCGGGGGCGAACAGAAGCCGCCCGGCGGGAGAGGGUAGCGCGAGAGGGUGGCGCGAGAGGGUGGCGCGGAAAGGCGCCGAACAAAACAGCUCCGCGAAUGGCCUGCAGUGCCAAAUAUGGGUAGCGCCAUGCGGAUUCGCGCCCGCUUCUUUGUGUUUUACCCUCUCGCAGACCUCUCGCAGACCCUCUUUUUGACCUCUUUUGGGGGUCCCCGCUAAUAAUCCGGCUAUACUCGCGGGUAGAGGUCGACAGAGGUGGCCGAGAGGUGGCCAAGAGGGUCCGCGAGAGGUCGCCCCUUAUUCGCGCCACCUCUCGCCACCUCUGUCGAACUCUCGCGCCCCCUCUUUUUGACCUCUCUGCACCCUCUGAGGCACUUAGGCGCCGCCUUAAGGUGGGUCCUUCGGCGGGCUAUACUCGCGCACCCUCUCGCCGACCCUCUCGAAAGGGGUCCCGCGCCACCUCUCCACCUCUGUCGACCUCUUUUUUACCUCUUUUGACCUCUUUUUGACCUCUCGGCCACCUCUUGUUUACCCUCUGUCUACCUCUUUUUUCGCAUGAAUAUAAUAUACAGUAAUUGCAUGACAAAUUUUUCCUAGAAGAGAAAUGAAACUUGUCAUGCAGUUUCAGGUAAGAAAGCAGAUCUGUAAUGCUAGACUCGCAUUAAUACGAGUACGAUACUUUUGCAAUGCAUAUCGACGAAAAGUGCAAAGAGCUUGCGACCACCGCGAAGCUACCAAACGCAUCAAACGCGGAUACCAUGACGGUGAGGCAGUGUACCGAUUGGUUUGAGCGGAUUCUGCUUGCCUGGGUCGUGACGAACAGGCUGAGGAAUGAGGAAAUCGCUUUUAAAGCGGAACUGAUCGAGCAAGCACAAGCGGAGAAAGCUGGUUCGCCCGGGUCGCAGAAUCCGAACGGUCCGGGUUUGAAUAGACCUUCCAAUACCCCGGCUGGACAGAACCCGAACGAGGCGGAUGUGAAGCGGAUUGUGAAGUACAAAACGGAAUUGAGGCAGUUUUUGGACAUCAUGCUCCCCGCCGCGGAGUUGGUCGCAGAACAGAGGCGGGAGCGGUUAGUCUGCUUGCAGAAGAAGAUCCUCCAUUGUUUCAAGCAGGAGCGACCGCGUAUCAUGCCGAAAGGGGUGUUGAAAGAGGAAUUAGAGCCGGAGAUGGAUACUUUGUCCCAUUUGAACGCACAAACAAGCUUUUUCGCCCUACCGAAGUCAAUGAAGGGGACGAUGUCAAAUGGGGAGUUCCAGCGGCAUCUGCGGAAUAUGCAUUGCACGUAUGUCUGGGUCUGGACAGCUUGAACCUGUAUUGCGCGUUUCGCAUGCCAUUAAAAUCUGUAUUGCAUAAGCAGCAAAAGCGCCACACUGUCGUCAUGCAAAGUCGCAACUUGUAAUGCGUGCUGCGUAUGAGCAAGCGAGAGCGAGGAGUGAAAAAUUUGUCAUGCUUCACUGCAAUUAAUAUUAAAGUAGGCGCGCUCAAUCAUGACCAUCCAGCAUUACAAGUUUCCAGACCCAGACAUGUUUGCAAUGCAUACGGAAGUUGUGCGAGGAGAGGAAAUUUUCCGACAAGGACACCCAGGCGAUUCUGGCGAAAACGGUUAUGGAUUGCAAAAAUGUCUGGGUCUGGAAGAUUGCAAGGUUUGUCAUGCACAUUUUGCAUGACCCGCGAUGUCUGCGAUGUAUGCCCCAGCAUCACAAAUUUUUUGCGGGUAUCUUGAUGCCUAUCCCUCAUGACAAAUGCCCUCUCCGCGGAGCAAAAACUGGACGCCUCUUGCUGCUCAUGCAAUACAGAUUUUUUUAGAUUCCAAAAAUAGCAUCACGAGUUGCAUUCUCGCAGACCCAGACAUUUUUGCAAUCCAUAACAGUUGCGGUGUUACAAUCAGAAAGGUUCAGCAACGAGUUAUUGGAGCCGGAGGCGUUGGUUUUGUCGAAGUUCCUGCACGAGAAGUACUUUUUACCUUUGUUCGUAUCAAAUGCAAAUAUGUCUGGGUCCUCUGGAAGGUCGCAACUUGGGAUGCUAUCUUUGGACUCUGAAAAGAUCUGUAUUGCAUGACCAGCAAGAUGAGGAGUAGGCUGUGUGCUACGUGGAGAGGGCAAUUGUCAUGCAGUGCAGGCAUCAGGAAGCCCUCAAAAAGUCUGUGAUGCUAGGGCGUACGUCACAGACAUCAUGGGUCAUGCAAAACGUGCAUGACAAACAGGCGCACUCUUCCAGACCCACACGCAUUUGCAAUGCAUAGUUCGCCUACUUUUACGAUUUCGGAAAGGAACUAAACCCGAAUUACGUCGAUCCGAUGCUACAACUGCUACCGGGGGAGAAUUCGGAAAUGUUUCCGGAAGCAGGAGGACCGGGUGGGGUUGCUGCACUUGGCAGUCUCGAUUCUCCAAUGCCAAGCACGAUGUUCGCGAGCAGAUCGACGGUUUUCUCCUCCAGUUCAGCGGUUUCUAAUAACAAACAGAAGUUGUUGAAGCAGAAGCAAGCGAACUCGAACCCUUUCAUCGAGCGCGACCCAGACGACGAGAUUAUCCCACCAAGCCCCCGCGGUGGAGGAACGAAAGUUGGGGGGAAGAAGACGAAGUCGAAAGAAGCGGGUACUAGUGGUGCUGCGGCGGUUGAACAACAGCAGCAGCAAUCCCCUGCGAAUCACAACCAGUCGAUUGAUUCGUUGCACUCCACCAGUCAAAAAUCGUCCUCCUCUUCUAACGGGACCACCAACACCGCCCAGCUCGCGAAACUCGUUGCCACCGGGCCGCAGCCGCAGUAUUCCAGAUAUCACAGUGCACAACUCCCCCGCCCCCUCAUUUGUAUGGUAUGAACAGCAACACAAGCAACAGCACAAAAGGGGCUUUCGCAUGACAAAUCAGCAUGCAAAUUGUAGUACUAUUUGAGGUUCCAAAAUUUAUCAUGCUGACAGUGCUUACGAGUAAGGUGUGAGUUUCGUACUAUGCAUUACAAAUGAGGGGGAGGGGGAGCUGUGCAGUUUCAUACCAGAACGACCGAGCACAUGAGCGAGAAGGCGUUUUUGCAUUUACUGGACGAAUAUCAAAUGCAAAAAUGUCUGGGUCUGGAAGAUUUUGCGAGUUGUCAUGCUUGUCUGGCAUGACCAAAAAGUUUGUGAUGCGUGUCCAAGAAGAGACCCUUUCGCCUGUCAUGCAAAAACGCAAUUUGUCAUGCGAAAAGCGCAACACAAAGAAGCGCAGAUAUUUCUCAUGCUCGCCUGUGCAUUACAAACCGUUCACUUUUCCCAACGCAGCAUUACAAGUUUCCAGACCCAGACAUUUUUGCAUUUCAUAAUGAAUUGAAUCUGAUCCCGACGAUCUGUGGGAAGGAAGAUGCCCGGUUGUUGUACCACUGUGCGGAAGCGCAGCUGGUCUCGGAGAAGGAUUUUUUCAGGUCCUGCGCGAUCGAGGAUUUCCGGGACCACUUAGACCGGCCGUGUAACGCAAGUCUUUACAUGACGUGCUACGAUCCGAAGUUGUUGCGGUACAAGAAACCCAUGAAUAGUUCCAGCUCUUCUGGGGGCGGUGGUAAUGCCGCGGGAAACAAAGGUGCACGUGGAGGUGGAGCGAACAGUAGUAGCGCAAUUUCUCUGCUGAACCAGUCUGCGUUUGAGACCAACAUCGGGCAAAUUCCCACGUCCAUGUCAACGGUGGAGAGUGUGAAUUUAGCUCUUAUCAAAUGCAAAAAUGUCUGGGUCUGGAACUUUGCUCGACUUGUCAUGCAGGUUUUCAAUGACCCAUAUCAUAUGAUCUGUAAUGGAGACCUAGCAUGACAGGUUCCGUGAGAUCACUAUCAGGCCUAUCCUGCAUGAGAAACUGCCUCUCAACUUGAUCAAAAGUGGGCAGCAUUUGGUAAUCAUGCAACACAGAUUUUUGCGUGAUUCAGAUUUAGCAUGACAAGUUGGCUCCAACCAUCCAGACCCAGACACUUUUGCAGUGCAUAGCUCUGGGCUUGCAGCAACUGCAGGAAGAACACGAGGAGUUGGCUGCUGGGGAACAAGCUGCUGCAGCGGCCGGUUCGCCGGGUGUACAAGGAACUGCUGCUGCUGCACAACUCGCUUCCCCCUUCACCAAUCUUGCCGCCGCGAUCAGCGGCACUUUACCUCCCCAACCCCCCGGCCCGGGGAACGCAGAGAAAAUCGAACUGCUGCAGAACAGUUUCAACAACCCGGGGCUGAAAGAACCGUCCACACAAGUAGCGAUUUCCCAGCAGGACCUGGAACUGUUCCAGAACUACUUCAAGCUAUUAUGCGUGGAAAACCAACCGAUCAGGAAACUGAUCCGUCGCGGGUACCCCUUACCGCGGUACUAUUUCAACGCCGAGGCCUUGACGGAAACUUUUUUGAAAAUGGUUUUAACCCGGUUUGCGAAGUUCGAGAGUAGCAACGGGUUCCCCCGGAAGAGUGCUUUGUUAGCUGCUGCUGCGGCGGAAGAGAGUAGCAAAGCUGGUGGUGCUGGAGGGUCGCAGAGCGAGACGCCUGGGGGAGUGAAUAAACAAGCCGGUACAACUUCAUCUACGUCUACUUCAUCUUCUGAAAAACCAUCGACUUUUCUGAAGAUCACGUGGGCUUUUGGAAUCGUGAAGAAGGCGAUGGUAUCAAAUGCAAAAAUGUCUGGGUCUGGAAGAAUGCCAACUUGUGAUGCGCAUUUCAGAACACAGAAAAAUCUCUCAUGCAUGGGUAGCAAGCGCUGCCCGCUUUCUGCACCCAAAGUGGGGGAUUUGUCAUGCGGAUUCGGCAUUGCAGAAGCUUCUCGAAACCUGUAACGCUAGAGCUUCGAUGCCAGACCUUCUGUGUCAUGCAAAAACAGCAUGACUCUUCCAGACCCAGACGUUUUUACAUUUGAUAGAUGGCGAAAAUUUUCGAGAACCAGCAGCGAAUGAAAGAGGAGAAGCGGUUGCAUAUCCUAAAGGAAAAACGUCCCUGUCAUGCAAAUGUACAAUGACAGGACCACGUGUAAUGCGCAUCCCCAGGAGAGGCAUUUCCAAUCGUUUUUUGGCAAUUGUAAUGCUGUAAACAGCAUGAAAAAAUCGUUUUCUCAUGCGGCUUCCCUUGCUAACCAGCACAACACUGCAGAUGAAAGCUUGUAAUGCACAACUCCCAAAACUUCCAGAUUUGUGUUGCAGAUUUACCAACUUGACUAUAGGGUGGGGACGUUUUUUCUCAGCAUAUCGCAGCACUUGAGGACUUCGAAAGCGUUGUUCGAUAAAGCGACGACGAUCGAGCUGGAGAAGGAAUUCUCCCUGUUGAACAAGAUUGAAGACCAGAAGCGGCACGAUGAGGAGACGAGAUUGUUGAAGAAAAUUUCCUAUGCAAUGCAAAAGCAUCGUACUAGUAUAAAUUGCAUUACAAAUCAGCCCAGCAUUGCAAAAUUAAUUUGUAAUGCGGAUUUACCUUGAGAAAGAGAUUUGUAAAUGCAUAUAAUGCAAUUACUACGAGUGCGAUACUUUUGCACAGGAUAGUUCCGUUGCGAACGUUUUGUCUGCGCAGGCCAUUGCGGACCAGCGGGAGCUGCCGUCGGAUUUGGAAUAUCGGUUGCAAAAGUAUAUGUACUUCUAGUAGCGAUUUUUGCAUUACCAGCAUGAUGAAAGAUGGAAUUUGUGAUGCUCAUGAACCUAAGAGACGAACUCUGUCGUGCAAGAUUGCGAAUAUCAAGAUUACUACGAGUGCGAUACUUUUGCAAUGCAUGUGGGGCAGUCUGAUUCCGAGGAGCUGAUGAAGGCGACUUCGUCCAAUGAGUUAAUGAAGCUGCAAAAGGAGUUGAAAGAACGGCAGCGGACGAAGGAGAGGAGGAAAAGGUAUACUUACUGUGCUACACCUUGUGGUUUGCGCAUGACACAGACUCUCUGCUGUCAGCAGGGCGCAUGACAAACUUCAUGGUUAUUUUCUGAGUUCUUCCAAACGCACCUUCUCGGUCGUCUCCGUGACAAAUUUUUGAAGAAAAAUUCUCACUAUCACUAUCAGUUGCAACAUAAUCCUCGAAACGGGCCGGCUAAACGUGGACAAGAACGAAAAGUCCGCUCUGGAAUUCGCAAUCGACUACGAGCACUACUUACGGUCUUUGUUUCAUUCAAACCCGAGCAACGAGCAAGGCAGCUUUUACUUCGAUAGCGCGGCGGUCUUGCGAUCGGCGAAGCGGGAGUACAACCAGAUGAGUAACCGGGGGAUGAUGCUUGUGGAUAACAGCCAACCAGCUUCGCCGAGUAAACUUGAGCAGUUAGGGUUGGCCGGGUCGAAACCGCAGAAGGACUACAAGGCGAUGGACAUUAUCGAGCAAGAAGAAAUCACGCAUUCGGUCACUGAUGCGGCGGUGAAAUUUCGAAAAAACUCCAGCCGCACACCUUCGCCUCUGACACAGAACAAGUUUGGGACGAGAGGAGGGUAUGAUCAUAGAUGGUUGCUUGCUUUCGUUUUCGCUAGGUAGUAGAUCUUCGCAUGACAAUGCUACACUAGAUCAGCGUCUCGGGGGUCCCGUAUGACAAACAGCGCACUAGUACAAUGCACGUUUCCAAUAAAACACCAACCGCAACCGUUCACAGCCCCCGCCGCGGCAUCAUGGGUAGUCGAAGCCGAUCCCCGGAUCCGGUGUCUGCGUUUGCCGAUGCGAGAACCGUAGCGCAGGAAAAAACGAAGUUCGCGAUUACCAAUUUGAACAGCAAGUUUCUGGCGAGCCACCCGUUGUACGGGGGAUUGACAAGGGAGGAUUGGGGCAUUGUACCCGUGAAGGCGGAGGAGUCGCCUUAUUGAAGUGGGAGUGAACAACGAACACAUGGACAUGUUAAUGCGGCAACAUGUCAGUACUUCUAUGCAUCGUCACAGACGGCUCUCUUACGGAAACGUGUAAGUAUGUCUUGUUGAAUUUACGAUAAGAUUUUUCUUCAAUUGUUUUUCUCGCAUACUAACGAACACAAGCAGAUUUUCGAUAAUUUCCUCUAGAAACACGUAUGAACCUUUCCGAGAAAUCAUUAAUAGCACGACUUCGAUUUUUCUUUGUAUGCGAAUGUGAAUGCGAUCACAAUCUUCAGGUCGGUCGUUGGUAUCUUUUAGCGUGGUGUAAUCUUCUUUUUGUUAAUUUUUUGGAGAUUCUGCUGGUUGAGCCCGAUGAACAUGAUUUUAUUGCUAACUAUCAUGCAAAAUUUUUGUAUGAGCGCGACGUCCUAAGAUCGCAAUAAAGUGGUUUUCUUUUUUGAGUUACAAGCAAUAUUGGCGCAUUGUGCCGAGUUCUUGCCAUCAAUCUGUUUAUUACUAUUGUGCAUAGUUUUUUAUCACGGUGGUCUAAACUGCUUUCUGUUUAACUUUCUGAUUCUAUUUUAGGCGGAGUUUCAUCUAUAGCAGCUGCAGCACUUAUUGAGGUCGUUUCUGCAUGAUAUCCUUCUUGCUUUGUUUCAUUCAAACUGUACACAAUUUGUUUCAAGAGUUGGAUGCUGUACAUUAUACCAAGUUCGUUUCCAUUUAUGUCAACGAUCACUCUCAUUGUCAACUUUCAUCUCCCGCCAUCUUACCACACGAGGAGAGGCCUAUCCGUAAUAAUUGCC